GUUUUAUUCUAAAGCGAUCUGUUUUGCAUAGCGGACCAUAUUGAAAUUUAAAUAUUUUCUCUCUUCAUAAAACUCAAACUGUUGUUGCGAACAAAUUUGAAAACAAAAAUUUAAGUUCGUACAAAAAAAGUAUGAGUAAUCUCGUCGCAAACGCGAAGAUGGACGAUGAACGUCAAGUUACAUCUGUUUCUCUUGAAAUAGAGAACAUAGAGUUACAAGCCACUGUUGACAGUCAAGGAGAAUUAAUUAGCAGAAUUACUGAAGAUCUUAAUAAUGUACAACGAGCACGUGAUUAUACUUCAGAAAUUGAAAUUAUGGGUCGAGAACAAAUAUGCAUGGACCUUAAGGAGCAACUGGAAGGAAAAGAAUUAACAAUUCAACAUUUGAAAAAUGAACUCGCAUCCUCGCAAACAAUUACUGAAGAGGUUUACAAAAAGUACCAAAGUACACGACUUCAUCGAAAUGCAAAAGACAAAGCCAUUCGUCAGUUACAAACUGAAAUACAAAACCUUCACGAUUUAUUGGAAACUGCUCAAAAAGAGAAAUUGGUCUUUGUGGAUAAAAUGCGACAAAUUCAAAAUGAAAAAGCCGGCCUUGAAUUUGAUUAUCAAUGGAUGGUUGAAAAACUUAAAGCGCAUCAAGAUGUAACCGAUGGUCAAUUAACGAAAACCAUUACGUCAACAAAAAUCAAGCGCACAACUACAACUCGAAUUGAUAAAAAACAAACCACCACUAUACAGCAAUACGAAACGGACGAGCAUAUCAGUCCCGUAGAUAAAAAUUUUGAAAAACUGGAGCAAGGAUUCACCAAAGCUAUGAGCGCAAAAGAUGAGGAGUUGAUGAAAGAAAAAGAAGCAUUAAUGACGGAGUUUAAAAAACUCCAAACGCAACUUAAUGAUCUGAAAAGAAUACAUGAAAACUAUUCGCGCGAUUUAAAAGAAAAAAACGACCUAAUUGCUCUACUCAAAGCUUCAAAAGAAGCGCUUUCUCGUGAGUUGGAGAUGUUAUCGCAGGAAAAUCAAGAGCUAAGAGAAAUCAAUGAAAAACUAAGCACUGACAACUAUCAACUUCGUUCUGAACUAAGUUCUGCCAACAAUCAAACAUCUACAAUACAAGUUCAGCUUGAAAAUGCAACAAAACAACGAGACUAUUUAAAAAACCAAAUCGAGAUCAUAACCCAAAGCACUACAAAAGGAAAAGAAGACUUUCACAAAAUAGAAGCCCAACUUCGAGAUUACCAGAGAAAAAUGGAUUCUAUGACUCACGACAUAAACAGCAGAGAUACGUUAGUAAAAAAUUUAAAAAAGAAGAUCACAACUUUAGAAGAUGAAUAUGCAAGUCGUACAGCUGAAUUGAAUGCAUGUAUAGUUACCAAAGAUAGCUUAAUGCAACAAAAAGCGGAUGUUGAAAGGGAGUUAAAGGAAAGACACGAUAGAAUGUGUGAAGUUGAACAGGCGUACGAAGAAAUGCAACUAAGGAAGACGACUCUCCAGCAAGAACUGACGGAACUGAAAAAGAAUUUGAGUAGAAUGAGUAGCGAUGAAGAUGCAACAAUUCAGGCUAAGUCGCAGCUCAAGACUGAGAUUCUUGCCGCUCACAAAAGAAUUUCACGUCUUGAAGCUGCGUACGAAGCCAGUCAACAAGAAAAACUUGAACUUCAACAAGAACUUGCUCCUGCAACUCAACGUUUGUUACUCAUGCGUGGCGCAUACGAGACGCUUCAGCAGAAAAAAGAAGUCUUACAAUUCGAUCUUAUUUCGUCACAGAAACAAGCGGUCGAGCUUAAGGCUUACAACGAUAGGUUGAAACAAGAACGAGCAGAAAUCAUGACAGAAGUAGAGUCUUGCAAACGACGUGUAGCCAAAAGUGAUAUUGAGUUAAAAGAAGCUUCAAAGCAGUUGGCUAUUUUUAAAAACAAGUUGGAUGAGUGCAAUCGACAGUUGAACGGUAGCCGAGACGAUGUCCUUAAAAAGCAACGCAAAGUUGAAGAAUUACAAUAUAAAUUGGAAGCUAUAGCACGCGAAAAUGUUCAAAGGGAUUCAUUUUUUGAAAAACUAAAGCAAGAGCGACGAUUGUUUGAAGAAGAGCUCAAGUUUGUAACUAAUGAUUUAGAAAAGUCUAAAGAGGAGGUUCGAAAUCUGCAACAACAUAAUGAUCGCCUUAUAGAAGAAAAUAAAAGUCUUCAUGAAAGACUACUUAAUAUUGAAGGACUUGCGCAGCAGGCAAAAACAGAAAAAGAGCGUUUCUUAAGAGACUCAAACAAUAUGGAGAUGUCUGUCGGCGAAUUGAGAAACCUUAGUCAUAAGCUGCAGGAAGAUAAGGAAGAUUGUGAACGAGAACUUUAUAUUCUUCAAAAAAAGAGCAUAAAACUCGAGAAAGAACUCGAAAAGUUAGGUAGAGAGAACAGUGAGAUGGCUCGCGAAAUUAAUGCCAAUAGAACCCGUCACUUGCAACAUGACUCAGUGAUUCAAGAAUUUAAAAGAAAAGAACAAACUAUGAAACAGCAACUAGAUGAUGCAUUAAAACACAGAGAAGAGCUUAAUCGGGUCAAAGCCAUGGUUGUUGAUUUACAAAAAAGACUUGAUGCAACUCUUAAGGAAAAUGAACAAAAAGAUAACACGUGCAAUCAACUUAAAAACGAAAAGGAAAACUUUAAACGUGAAAAUGAAAAGUUGCUUCGAGACAUUGAAAGUUUCAAAACUACGUUUGAUUCAAUGUCACGAGAAAAGGAACGAAUGAACAAAGAAUUGAGUGCAUGUAACCGUCGAUCAACCGAUUUAGAAGUACUUAUCAAACGUUUACAAGACGAGAACGAUAGUUGCAAAAAGGCUUUGCAAACAUAUGAAGUACGAGUCCCAGGACUUGAAGAAGGGUUGCAAAAGCACAAGAUAAACCAAUCUGUUUAUGCACAAGAGGCAUCCGCUCUUAAGCAAUCUAAUACACGAUUAGAAAAAGAACUGCAGUUGAUGAAGGAUCAGCACACCACCCUUCAUUUGCAUAUCGGGCAGUACGAAGACAAACAAGAUGCCAUUUCUAAUGACCUUAAAGCGGCAUUAGGUCGAAUAUUUGAACUCGAAGCCUUGAAUGAAAUAGUUCAACGUGAAAAUGAAGAACUAAAACGAAAUGUAGAUAACAAAUACAGAAUUCUUGAAGAACAACUUUUAACUGCAGACCACCUUAAUGCGGACUUGAAAAAUCAACUAAAUGAAGCACGUAUGAGAUAUAAAAAGCACACUGAAGACUAUAGAACAAUCCAAAGAGAAUACCAUGAAUUACAAACAAGAUGGGAUGGAAGCAGCAAUGAUGCCGCUGGUAAAGACAGAUUAAUGGAACAAUUACGUAAUGACCUCAAAAACGCAAGAAAUGAGCUACAAGUUGCCUUACAUGAUGCCGAAAACUACAAGUCACUUGUCGAAAGAAUCCAGGAAGAGCACCACGAAUUAGCAAACGAACUUAAUGAUCAUAAACAACGUUGUUAUGAAUUGGAAGGUUUAUACAAAUCAAGCGAAGAAGAAAAGGAUAAAAUAUUACGUGAUGUAACUGAUUGGAAGAGUCGGUGCACUGAUACGGAAACAGACUUUCAGGUGUUUCAACGUGACUCUGACAAAGAAAUACGUGGACUCAAAGCUAAGAUUGCAAAGUUGGAAGCUCACACUGAUAUGGUAAUUAAAGAUCGUGAUUAUACUAAUGAUCAAUUAGAAGCUGAAAGAGCUCAAUCACAGAAAUACAAGGAAGAAUUCGAGCGCGUGCAACGUGAAUAUUUAGAACAUCAAAAAGUAUGCGAGCGAUAUGCAGAUCAAAUUUUGGAAAGAGAUAAAAUCAUUGAAGAUUUGCGAAACAAGCUUUACAAGAUGGAAGUUGAUAUGGAUAUCUUUAAAGAACAGUUAAGUAAAGCCCAAACUGCUGAACAGAUUGCCUUACAAAAAAAAGAGAAAAUUGAAAAGAAAUUGAAUGCAUCUGAAGCAAAAGUAAAAGAUUUGUCAGACCAAAACGAAUCUCUCAAAAAUCGCAUUAUUGAGUUGGAGCGACAAAAUAAUGCGUUGGAAACACAAGUAGAUGAUCUUCUUAAAGAAAUCAAAGCGUUGAAAGAUAGAGUAAAAGAUCUUGAUGAUGUAAUUAGAGAUUCUCGAAACAAAAUUAUUUAUUUGGAAACAGAAAUAAAUUCAAUUCAACAUUUGCUUAAUGAUAGAGAUGCAACAAUUGCAAAACUUCAAAGUGACUUGGACAAUGCACAUGAUCAAAUCAACUCAUUCCGAAAACACAUUAGUGAGCUGGAAACUACUCUUGACCUGCUUGAACAAGAAAAAGAUGAUUUGCAGUUACAACUUAACAACUCAGAACGACAAAAAGAUGAGCUUAAAAACAACCUUGAUAAAGUUGUUCAAGAGGCUCAAUUAAUUGAGUCUGAACUAUCAGCUUUGAAACAAAAGCUUGCAAAAAUUGAGCCACAACUUCGUGCAGCAAAUAAACAACGCGAUGAAUAUAAAAACAACAACGAGCAUCUAAAGAAAAAGCUACAAGAAGCUAAAGAUGAGCUUUCAAAAACUCAGCGUCAGCUUACAGAUACCCAGCGAGCUUCUGAUGGCCUUAGAAAAGAAUUAAGACAAAAAAAUCAGCUUCUUGAUGAGAUGCGUGCAAAAAUAGCUACUUUAACUGGACAGUUGCAAAGCGCACGUGAUGAGUUGGUCCAUAAAAAUCAAGAGUUUGAUUCUCUUUCAGAUGAUUAUAGAAGUCUUCAGGAAGAACUUAUUCGAUUGCGUCAAAGAGUUGGCGACUUGGAAUCUGCAAAUCAGAUGCUUGCUGUCGAAAAAGAUCGCUUAAAAGAAGAGCUUAUUGCUUUUAACAACAAAUACGAUGAUCUCAAAAACAAGUUUGAAAAGUCUGAAUACAAUCGCUUAGAAGCGCAAAGACAAGCUCUAGCUUAUGAACAACGUUUAGCAAAGCUUGAACCUCAACUUCAAUCCAUUUUGAGAGAAAAUUCAGAACUUCAUCUACAAGUUGAUAAGUUUGCAGAAGAACUUAGAAUUGCUUUAGAAGAAAAUAGACAUUUAAAUCGCGAUAUUGAAGAAUUGUAUCGCGAUCGCAAUGAGAAGUUGAAGCAAAUCUACGAAAGGGAUAUUAUUAUUGAGCAAUUACGUGCAAAAAUUGAUCUUUUGGAAAAUGAAAAUAACAACUUGAAACAGGAAAAUGAUCGAUUGAGAGGAGCUAAUGACGCUUUGGAAAAUGAAAAACGAUCAUUACAAGGAAAACUAAAUUUAGCAAACAAUAGAGUUAAAGAACUUGAAGAUCAACUUGAAGCAGCAAAAAGAGCUAAAGAAGAUUUACAAGCUUCUUUGUAUGAAUUACAGAAAAAGUAUGUGACAUUGGAAACAGCUCACAUGAAAUGUUCUGAUCGCGAAAAAGAACUUUUAAAACAAAUUUCUGACUUGAAACAAAAGCUUCAAGCGCUUGAAGAUGCACUUAAUGAUGAAAAACUUAAAAACAAGCAGCUAGAAGCAGAAAAUAUACAUAAUCAAGAGCAAAUAAGGGAUUUAGAAGCUUUAAUUGAUAGUCUUCGACAAAAAAUAUCCGAUGAUGAUAAAGAAAUUGAGAGACUAAAAGCUGAAAACGAUAACUUGAGACACCAACUGAUGGCUGCUAAAAAACAAAUUGAUGAUUUAGAGAAUCAAAUUGGUAUUCUUGAACAAGAAAAGAAUUAUUUGAUAGAGGAAAAUGAUAGACUAAGACAAGAAGUUAAUCGAUUAGAAAGUGAAUUGGACAACUUGAUCAAACAAAAAAAUAACCUUGCAAAUCAGUUAGAGGAUGCUAGAAAAGAUUUAAUGAGAUACAAAGAAAUAAUACUAAAGCUUGAAGGUCAAAUAAGGGAUCUUCAGAGAACUGUUGAAUCAUUACAACAAGAAAUAUUCAGAAAAGACCGCAUUAUUGAAAAGAUGGACGUCAAGACACACACGUACGAAGUUGAAAUUGAAAACUUGAAAAACGAAAUUAUCAAUCGCGAAGUUUUAGUAGAAAGCUUAGAUGGUACGCGACAAGAUUUUGAGAUACAAAUUAGAAAUUACAAUGUUCGAAUUGAGUCUCUGGAAAUAAGAAUUGAAAAACUUGUAGUAGAAAAGUCAGAACUUGAACGUAAUUAUCAAAACGCAGUAAAUCGUGCUAAUAGCUUAGAAUCGCAGUGUCAAGUUUUGCAUAAAGAACGAAGUGAUUUUAAGAACGACGUUGAGCGACAGUUUGACGACAUUCGUGUUGAAAAAGAAGAGUUUUCCCGUUGUCAAUCUGAACUUCGCGAAGUAAUAAAAACUGUCGAGAUUUACCAUCAAGAAAUUAUUGAGAAAACUACCAUAAUUGAAAAAAUUACAAUUAUCCGACAAGAAGCAGAAAAAGAAAGAGAUAAUAUCAAAAAAGAAUGCAACCAACUAAAAGUAGAAUACAACAAACUUAAAGAUGGAGUAAAAAGAAAUCAAAAUGAGCUUCAAGCUCAAAUUGCUAAAAAUACAAAAAUUGAGAAGACUAUCACUACUUUGAAAUCUGAAAGAGACAACUUUAGAUUAAAAGCUGAUGCGGCCCAUAAGCAAUUAGUUGUAAUUGAAACGCAAUUAAAAAGAAGUACUGAACGAGAAAACAGACUUCAUGGAGAGCUUGAUACUUUGACAAAUAAAUACAACCAGUUAGAAACAAGCUACCAGGAGCUUCUUAAGCAAAAGAAUGACUUAAAUGCCAAACUUAAAGAUCUUCAGGGCAAAUACCGUGAUUUGGAAACAAAGUACAACAAAAGCCUAGCGCUCAACAAUGAUCUAAAAGCCCAACUGAAAGAUGCACUUAAUACCAUAGCAGAUCUCAAGUCACAAUUAGAAAAAGAAAUAAACGAUAACAGAGAUCUAAGAGAUAACUUUGAUUCAUUAAAAAAUCAAUUUGACAAACUUAAGGACGAUUACCAACGCAUUGAACGAGAUUUAGCGGAUUACAAGUUUAAGUACGCUGAUGCAACAAAAGAAAUCGCUGAAAAGAAAAACAUUAUUGAUGAUCUGACAGCUAAAGUAGCAAAUUUGGAAAAACAAGUUGUUAAUUACAAACAGAUGGUUAAUCAGCUUAGAAUGGACUAUGAAAGAAGUACUAGAGAACAAAAUCGCUUACAAGAAGAAAUAAUUAAGAUGCAAGGAACUGUAUCCGAACUCGAGAAUAAAUUACAAAAAGCCGAACUGGAAAAUGAUAAACUUAAAAAGGAGUUAAACGAAGUUUUAGCUAAACUCUAUCUAAUGGAAGAUGAAAUUGAAGAUUUAAGGGCUAAGCUUCAAGACGCUCAGGCAGAAAAUAGAGAACUUCGCCAUGAUAAUAUUCAGCUCAAAGAAGAAAAUCAAAACAUCCAUAAGGAGCUUGAAGACACCAAUCUUGAAAACAAAAGAGUCCAUGAAGAACUUAGAAAGAGAGAUGAGCUGAUUGCUCAACUUCGCAGAGCUCGACAAGAAAUUGAAAACGAAUUAGAACUCCUUAAACAAGAUCUUACUGAUAAAGAAAAAGAAAUUGAUGAUCUAUUUGCAAAGAUUCAGGAUCUAGAAAAUACCUUACAAGGUCUUAACACUAAAUUAGCUGAAAUAGAACCAGCUUACGAGGCUGCUCGUGAUAAAAUUAAGAGACAGGAAGCAGGAAUUAAAGAACUAAAAAAUAAAAUUACUGAUCUGGAAUCCGCGCUUAAACAAUCUAUGGAGAAUGAGAAUGAAUACAAAAAUCGUUAUGAGCUCGCUCAAUCAAAACUAGGUAAGAUUACACAGUUUUUCGAGGAUGAAAAACAAAAGGUUCAUGAACUGGAAAAGAAACUAGAAAAAUUAAAAGGUGAAAAUGACGCUCUUACUUUGCAGAACGAGCAAUUCAACUCGUUGAACGAGAAAUUAGAAAAAGAGAACAUGCAGUUGAAUAAAAAUAUUGAAGACAUUCAACAUCUUCUUGAUCAGCUCCAAAAACAAAAAACUAGAGCAGAAAAAGAGUUAGAAGUUGUUGUUAAUAACUUGGAAAAAAUGAGGAAUGAUUUCAAUAUAAAUAAUCGCGAGUUAAACGAAAAGACAAGACUUCUAGACGGCUUAGGUAAAAAGUGCGACGAUAUUGAAAGUGCGCUUGAAAAAAUAAAGAUGGAAAAGGCUACGCUAGAGAAAGAGAACGAAGCCUUAAACCUUUCGUUAAACAAUUUGCAUGCAAUGAGCGAUGCAAUCCAACGCAGAAAAGAAGAAGUGGAAAGAGAGUACUUUGAAGCGAGAAAGAAAAUUACUGAGCUGGAAAAUUUACUUAGCGCAGCAAUAGACGACAAAAAUGACUUAACAAAACAUUUGAAUGAUGAAUUAAAAAAAAAUAGUUUAAUGGAAGCCGAAAUUCGAAAACUACGUCAAAAUGAUGCUCAAUUACAGGGCGAAAUUAGCGAAUCAAAAGCUAGAAUUCAUCGUUUAAAACUUGAGAACGCCAAUCUGAAAAAUGCAAACGCUGAGCUAAAAAGAACCAUAGAUAGGCUAAACAGAGAAAAUACAGAACAUCAAAUUGCUAUCAAUGGGCUAAACGGUCAGCUAAAAACAAUUGAAGGUCAAGCAAAUUCGCUGAGAAAAGAUUUACAAGAUACCAAAAACACUAACAAUAAACUGCAAAAGACAAUAAAAGAUCUAGAACAAGAAUUAGAUAGAUUAAAGGCCCGAGGUAUUUCAAAUGACCUAUUGAUUGAAACAUUGCGUGACGAAAAAGAAAGAUUACAAGCAAACUUGUCAGCUGUUGAAGCUAACUACGGUGAACUAAGGGAUAAGUACAAUAAUUUAUUACGAGACUACGGCCUUUUAAAAGACGAACACGCCUUCAACGAAAAAAGAAUUAAAGAUCUUGAAAUAAUGAUAACAAAUUUAAAUGGAGAAAACGAGCGUUCAAAAAUGUUAAUAGCACAAUUAAGAAAACAAAUUGAUGGUAAUGAACAUGAAAUCCAAGGAUUGAGAAGAGAAAAAAUGAAGUUGGAACAAGUUUCUGAUAUAGAAAUAAAAAUUUCAAAAGCUCCUGAAGUUGAUGCAGUAGAUAAUAAUGCUGCCCUCCGUAAUAUAGAUGAACUACGCAAGCAGCUUGAAAAUUCAGAGAUUGCAAAAGCCGCGGCUGAAAAUGAAAGAGAUGCUUUGCUCAAAGAGCAUGUUAGUCUACAUAAGAAGAUUACAAAACUAGAAGUAAUCAUUGAAUCAACUUCAAGCAAACGUGAAGAAUACAAGCAAGCUUUGGCUGCUAUGGAAAGAAAAGUCAAAGAGUUGGAAGGUAUUAACAACCGAUUGACUGACCGAGAAAAAGAAUUGCAGUCUGAACUACUUAAUGCGCACAAAGAAAUGACUAAUCUUCAACAAGAAGUAAUUGUUUUAAAGGUGAAGUUGAGCAAAAGUGAAGGAGAUCGAAGUAGCUUGGAAGGCAAAGUUCAAAAAUACUUUAAUGAAAUUAAUGAUCUUCAUCAAAAACUUGCAGAAGUGCAGUCAUCCAUUGAGGAGAAAGAUGCUGUAAUCCAAAAUCUGCGCGAGGAGCUGAACUCAGAACGUAAAAACUACGCUCAACUUGAAUCUGAAAUUGAAAUACUGAGAGAUGAGCAUGAUAAGCUUCAGAUGCAAAUUUCAAAUCUACAACGCAAAGCUGAAGAAUAUGAAAGAGUUAUUCACGAUAACGAAAUAAAGUAUUCACAACUUAUGCGACAACUCGACGAGCAAAAUGCCAGAGGUAAACGUCUUCGAGACGAAAAUGCAGAACUUCAUCGUAGCAUUGGUGAAAAAGAACAAAUAAUAGAGCGCUACAAACAAGAGGUAAACGAGAAGCAAUCGCUUGUUGAUAAAUUAACAAACGAAAAAAAUAAAUUAGAAAACGAGUUGGAAGGACUUAAACAAGAACUUGGAGCCAUCAAAAAUGAUCGUGAAAAGUUGCGGCUAGAUAACAGGACCCAAAAACAAGAUAAUCAAACAUUACAAUUGAAAAUAAUGGAACUAGAAUCAGAAAAAGAAAUAUUAAAAGACCAAAUUUCCCGCCUUUCAAAAGACAUUGAUAACUUAAGAAACAGUAUGCAACAGAUUAAAGAUGAAAACAAUAGAUUAAUUUCUGAAAACAAAAAGUUCAAACACGAAAUUUCUUUAAACAACCGCAAAGCAGACAUCCCAUCUGACUAUGAUUCGUUAAAAGACCAAAAGGACAACCUAUUAAAUCAACUGAAGGAGUUAACGAAAGAAAGCAAUGAUUUAAAAGGUAAGUGUGCUGCAUUAAAGAGCAACAAAAAAGGUUUACUCAAGAAAAUUGAAGACAUUGAAGCCUAUCUUGCAGAUAAAGAUUUAAGAAUUCAAAAACUGGAAGCCGAAAAAGCAGAUAUUGAAAGAGACAUUGAUGCUGGAAAGAGCAAGAUGAAUAAACUUGAAUGGGCUGCUGAUAAUCUUGAACGUGAGAAGAAAGAACUUCAAAAUGAACUUGCUGAAAUACAUAAAAAACACAGCAAAGUAGAGGGUGAUUAUUACAUGGCGUGUGAGAAACGAGACGAUCUGCAGAAAGAAUUGAACAAUGCAUUAGAAAAAAUUAACCAACUCGAAGAAAAUAUAAAACGUCUUCAAAAUCGUGAAUCUAAAUUGCAUGCUGAUAUGUUAGAAGCUCAGAAAAAAGUUACAAUACUUGAGCACGAAAUUGCAUCUGCAAAAGACAAAAAUGAUACUUUGCAACGAGCAUAUAAACAAAUUGAAGAUAAACAAAAUACGUUAAAUGGUGAACUUAUGGCUGCAAGAAAAAGAAUUUCCGAAUUGGAAGCUUUCCAGGAAAUUAGCGAAGAUCUUAAAAAAGAGUUCCAAGGAGAAAUUGAUUCAAUAAAGCGAAGAUACAAUGAGUUAAAAGAAUCCAAUCAAAUUUUAAAACUAGAGAAAGAAGGACUUUUGCUAGAAAUCCAAAAUAUUACAAGCAAAAUCAGUAAAUUUGAGAAUAAACUAAUGCAAGCUCAAAAAGAAAAAGAAUAUCUAGAAAGCCAAUUAGAAGAUGCACGCCACAGAGCUACUAUUGAUCGCGAAGAAAUUAUGGGCUUGCAAAAGCAAAUUUUAGAUGCCCAACGAAAGUACGAAUCGGCAGUUAAAGAAAUUGCACAUUUUAAGUCAACUACUGAUGAGUUAAGAAGCAAAAAUAUAGCACUUUCUAAUGAGUUUGAAUCUUUCAUGAGAGAUUUAGAAAACAAACAGUACGAAGUUGAUGCGUCAGAAAAUGAUAAAAAAUCACUACGAGAAGAACUAGAGUUAUCAAGAAAACGAUAUAGCGAUCUAGAAGCUGAGUAUCUUCACGUUCAAGAAGAGAAAGAAAAAAUCAGACAAGAUAUGAUUGCAUCACAUCUAUCUGUUUGUAAACUGAAAGAGAAAUAUGAAAAUAGCUUGACAGACAAGAAUAAGCUCAGAGAUGAACUCACUAUUUUCCAUCGAAAGAUAACCGAGCUUACUUCUUCUUACGACACAUGCCGAUCGGAGCGUGAACGUUAUAAGUUGGAUUGUGAAAAAUUCCAGGCCCAAUAUGAUGCAAUAAAAAAUCAGCACGAUGUAUCCCAGCACUCUGCUAACCAGACUAAGAAUGAUUUUGAAUCUCUCAACAAGAAGAGUCAAAAAAUUGAACAAUCCUACAUUGUUCUUGAACGUGAAAAAGAUCGCUUGCAAAAAGAGCUUCUAGAUACUCAUCGUAAAUCCGCAGACAUUGCCCUUGCGUUACAGACAUGUCAAGAAGAAAAACGAUCAAUAGAGUUCCAAGUUAAAGAUCUAACUGAUGAAUUGGAAAAAGCUAGAUCAGAUAUUGAUUCGCAGAACUCCAAAAUAAAUUAUCUUCAAGAAGAAAUAUUGAUUCACCAUAAACAAUACGCAAAAAUUGAGACAAAUUAUAACAGACUUGUUGAAAAAGAAGAAAGACUGGAAAAAGAACUUGAAGAUGCUCGUGCUAAUGUUUAUAAGUUAGAAUCUGAACUGUCCGAUGUACUAAAGAAAAACCAAUACUUAGAUUCGGAAUUGCGUAAAGCUGAAGACCUGGUAAAUAAACAAAAAGACAAUAGCCAACUGUAUUCUGAAGAUACACAACGCAUGCAAACGAAAAUCCGUGAAUUUGAGUCAAAGUUUUCUCAGCUAAAAGACGCUGAAGACGAAAACAAAACUUUAAAAGAGGAUAACAAUUUAUUCAAAUCCCAAAUAACGCGCUUGGAAGUUGAAAUUCGUUCAGAACGCAAUAAGCACCAGACACUUUCUGAUCAAUACGAGCAAGCUAAAUUCAAGCACGAAAACCUUGAUAAAGAAAUUUCAGCAUUGCAGAAACAAAUUCGUCUUGAAAAGGAAAUGGCUGAAAAGAAUAUCAAUGAAUUGAAGAAGAGCGUUCAAGAAAAAGAAAGUGACGCUGAACGUCUCCGAUCAAACGUCAGAAAGUUGGAAAUAGAAAUGAACGCCCUAAAAACCCAGGUAAAUCAGACAAAAAGCGAAUACGACGACAUAUCACGCAUUCGACACAUUAUUGAGCAAGAACUUCAAAAUAUUUCGAAAAAACUUGCCAAUUUUGAAAUUACAUUUAUAACAGUUGAGGAUGAUAGCGAAAGAAAAUAUGCCGGUCUUAGCGAUUACGAGAGAUAUUUGUCUGAAAUCAACCGCGUGUUUACAAGAACUGAAAAGGAAUUCCAACACCAGGAAAUGCGCCACAAGUAUCUUGAAGACCAAAAGGAACAAGAGCGAAAAGGAAAAUCAAAUGCCCAAACUGAAAUUGAAGAUUUAAAGCGUCGGGUUGAAGUUUUGAAACGGGAAAAAGUAACAAUGGAAAAUGAGAAAAAAAUUAUGACCGAGUUAAAUAGCGAUUGGGACUCCAAAUACAAGAACCUUGCUAAAGAGUUCCAUACUUCCCAAAUUCGAUGUGAAGAGCUUCAAAAAGAAAUCAACACAUACAAAUUUGAAAUAAGCCAGUUCCAAAAUCAAGCUUCAACUAUUGAAAAAAAAUACAAUGAAUCGGGCCAGUCAAUGAAAGACUUAGAAGCUCGAUUAGAAACCGCUCUUCGAAAUACUGCUACGCUUAAAAACGAACUUAACGAGGAAAAAUUACGACUGAAAGAAGCUAAAAAAGAUAACGAAAAACAAGUUCGUGAACUUUACAAAACUAUUGAGGAAUAUGGAAAAACAAUUAAAGAAAAAGAAACAACUAUUGAAGAAAUGCGAAGCAAAAAAGGAAACAAUGAACAAGAAAGUGAUCAACUCAGAUGGCAACUGACCAAGAGUAAAGACGAUCUAAAAGAGGUGCAAAAGGAGCGCGAUCAACUCAAAGAGAAAGUUCAACAAAAUCAAGCCGUAAUUGCAAAACUCGAGAAAUCAGCUGAAAAGUUCAAACACUUAAGAAUUACCAUUGAAGAAGAACACAGAAUUGUUGUAGAAAAAUAUGUUAAAGAGAUUAAAGAAAUUACUAUAAAGUUGAUUAAGGUAGAAAAAGAACUCCAAAAAGCAACAGAAUUAAACAAAACUGAAAACGAUGAACGCUACAAACGUCUUCAGCAUUUGUUACAAGAUGAACGCGAUGAAUUCCGUCAAAAACUACACGCUAAAGAACACGAAGUUGACUCUUACAAAAUAAUUGUUUCUCAAAAGCAGGAAAAAAUACGUAAAUUAAAAAGAACUAUAGUUGAUCUUGAAGCUCGCAUUGCGCAACAAUCUGCGACACAUUCGUCGUCUAUGCUCAUCUCAACAAAGCCACACCUAAAGCACGAGAGCAAGUAUUUUCAUGAAACUUCAGAAAUCAUUGUAGGGCAGCGAAGACAAGAUGUUCCCCAUCAAGAAAGCAAGUACUUUCACGAAACUUCUGAAAUUCAUAUAAGCAAACAACAAACAGGAAGUAUCUCACAAGAAAGCAAGUAUUACCGUGAUACUGCACAAGUACAAGUUGUCCCAAAGCGAAUCGAGAGCUCAGAAACUUCCAUUUCAAUUCCCCUUCAAACACCGUUCCGACCUCAGACAAUAGUUGUUGCAGGUGACGAAGAGGUUCAAAAAGAAGAAAAUCUUUUUAAAGAGCAACAGAUAGUUAUAAAAGACGAUUCAAAAGUUUAUCAAGAAGAGCAAAAAGUUGUUAAAGAAGAACAGAAGAUGACAACAACUACAACUGUCAAGUCUUCUACUGUAAUAAAAGCAACAACUCAACAGCAGAAACAGGAAGCUGUCACUGUCAGCAAAGGUGAAGGAAAGAGUAAACAGCCUGCUAUCACUGGAGUUACUAUAAAAAAAACAAAGGAUCAGCGUUAGAAAUGAUGCGCUUUAAAUGAAGUUUAUCAAAAACUAGUCGGAAACUACGAAUACAUUUUAUAUUUAUGACAAAAAGAUCUAUAAGGCAUCAAGUUGGAAAACACUAUUUGUUUUUUAAAUAAAAAAAACACAAAAUUCUGCUUAGUUAGAUAUCUUAAUAAUUUAUGUGUGUAGAUGAAAAUUAUAUACUACAGAAUAAGAUUUUUUUUAAUGAAAUUUUUUAAUGAAGUUCGAAUGUAUUCUUUUAAUACGUAUUUAAGUUUGUGUAAUUGUUUUCCAUAUAUGGUCAUCCCAGAAAUCCAUAUAUGAUGAUUUUAGCGGAAAGUUUUACAUAACUUUUUGAAUUUUGUAGAUUUUCAAGUUUCUUUUUGCAAAUAUUUACAUUGAUUUUUAUUCGUUUUAAGUUUUAAUUACAUUAUUAUUGUUCUAUAUCACUAACACACAAAUUAAUACGUGAACCAUUUGUAUUUAAUUUUGGAAGCAAUAAAAAAAGUUCACUUGGA